UAUUGUGAACUUGCUAAUAUGGAUUAUGGAAAUGAAUUAAUUAAUGAUAUAGCAACUUUGGAGGACUUUUUAAUAGAUUUAUUACAUGAACAUUCUGUAUUACUGACAGUUAAAAUCUGGGAUAGUUAUCAAUUUCUACGAGCUCUUCGUAUUUUAAAUGGAAAGAUGCGACUUCUUCAGGAUCAAGGGCUUUGUGAUAAUAAUGGAUUUUUAAUUAGACAGACAUUUUUUUGGCUGUCCUGGUUAUGUGGAUUACGUGGAGGAUAUACAUGCAAACUUGAAAUAUGUAAAGAUAUUGAAAAGCGUAAAGAUGGUUGCUUGCAACUUUUUAUUCAUCAAGAAAAAAAUAAUCAAGGUGGUGCUUUUCAUCGUAAUAAAUAUGGAUGUACAGGCAUUAGAAGGCUUCCAACACCACCUGAUAAUCUUAAUAAUAAAUACUUACAAUGUGUCAAUAUAUUUCAAUAUACAGUAUUUCUAUGUGGUUUAUUUUUAGAAACAACUUAUCUUAGAAAAGGCAUUUGGUAUAAAACUGGACCUAUGGGUGAAGGAAAACUAAAGCGUAUGAUAAAGGAAAUUGCAAAUAAUACAGGAAUUAAUGUCGAUAAUGAGCGAAAUAUUACAAAUAAUUCUUGUAGACGAACUGCAAUUCAGUUUCUAAAAAACAAUAAUGUUCCAGAACAUGAUAUGAUGACAUUUUCUGGACAUCGGUCAGUUGAAGGUAUUCGAUCUUAUCAAAAGCCAAAUGAAAUUCAAGAUUAUCAAGCACAGCAAAUUGAAAUUAGAAAAGAAAGUGAUCCUUCUACCAAUGGAUCUAUUCAGUUGAUACGGAUUGAUUUACAAUACAAUUGGACCUGGUUAGUAGCGAAACAAUUAUCAGGAUUACAAGGAGAUUAUGUUUAG